AUGGAAGCUAGAAUUGGAGGUGAAGCCCAGCUUUUUUAUGGGCUGGGUGCUGCUGAUAUGCGAGCGAUGGGGAAGAGGAGUCUGGAAUGGGAUCCUAACGAUUGGAAAUGGGAUGGUGAUCUCUUCAUUGCUAGCUCUUUGAAUUCCAAUCCCUCGAACUACCCUAGCCGGCAAUUCUUCCCAACUGAAACUGGAAUACCUAUGGCCGGGGCAUCUUCAAACAGCUCAUCCUCGUUCUCUGAUGAGGUAAAUCUUGAGAUUGAGAAAGAGAAAAUGGAAUUGGAGAAGCGGAGGAGGGUAAUUGUAGUAGAAGAUGAUAAUUUGGAAGACGGGUCUGCUAGCCUCACUCUAAAGCUUGGUGGACAUGCCUAUUCGAUGACUGAAAGGGGAGUGGGGAAUUGGGAAGGGACAAGUGGGAAGAAGACCAAGUUGGUAGGGGCUACUUCCAACCGUGCGGUUUGUCAGGUAGAGGACUGUGGUGCUGAUCUGAGCAAGGCCAAGGAUUAUCACAGACGACAUAAGGUUUGCCAGAUACAUUCCAAGGCCGGUAGGGCGCUUGUUGGCAACAUUAUGCAGAGAUUCUGCCAGCAGUGCAGCAGAUUUCAUGCACUUCAAGAGUUUGAUGAAGGGAAGCGAAGUUGUCGGAGACGUUUGGCUGGUCAUAAUAAAAGGAGGAGGAAGGCACAACCUGACAAUGUCGUUAAUAGCAAUUCAUUCAAUGAUAACCAGGCUAGUGGUUCUCUGUUGAUAAGUCUGCAAAGGAUACUUUCAAACAUGCAUUUUUUGCCAUAUGUCAUGAUGACCCUUGAUAUUUCUUUGGCUCCAAUUAGCAAUAAAGUUGACAAUCAAGAAACAGUGGAAUAUUUGCAAGAUGGGGUGGUAGAAGGGAAUUACAUGAUUGGGAGGGCAGUGGCAACGAGGGAGGUGAAUGUAUCAUGUUGUGUUCUAAAGGUCAAUAGGACAAACCACACAGAUGAUCAGGAUAUGCUGUCUCAUCUUUUAAGAAGCCUUGCCAGCCAGGGUGCCCUGCAUGGGGAUAAAGCCAUAUCUGGGCUCUUGCAGGAACCUCACAAUAUGCCGAACAAUGGGCAUUCUCAUGGAAACUUAGAAAUGGUUGCAGCUUUGCUCUCAAAUGGUUCCCAAGGCUCUCCAAGACUUAAUCAACAACAUUGCUCAAUACCUGUAUCUGAGAUUCCUCAGAAAGAAAUGCAUGUCAACGGUGCAAGGGUUGAAGAUAUACAGACCACAUCGUCUCAAAGAUCAAGCAUUCCUGCAGCUUCCGCAGAAGCCAGAGACAGUUCUGCAGGGAGGAGUAAGUUGAAUAAUUUUGAUUUGAAUGACGUUUAUAUCGAUUCAGAUGAUGGCAUAGAAGAUAUAGAGAGAUCACCGGUUCCUGUGGGUUUGGUGACUGGUUCUCUUGAAUGCCCUUCAUGGGUGCAACAAGACUCUCAUCAGUCAAGUCCGCCUCAGACAAGUGGAAAUUCAGAUUCGACAUCUACCCAGUCACCUUCUAGUUCCAGUGGAGAUGCUCAGAGCCGCACUGAACGAAUUGUUGUCAAACUUUUUGGGAAAGAACCAAGUGAAUUUCCUUAUGUCCUGCGAGCACAGAUUCUUGAUUGGUUGUCUCACAGUCCUACUGACAUUGAGAGCUAUAUUAGGCCGGGUUGUAUCAUUUUAACGAUUUAUCUUCGUCUAUCAGAGACAGUAUGGGAGGAGCUUUGCUGUGAUCUGGGCGCCAGUUUGAGUAGGCUUCUGGAUGCCUCUGACGAGGACACAUUCUGGAGAACUGGAUGGGUUUCUGUUAGGGUGCAGAACCAAAUAGCAUAUAUGUGCAAUGGUCAGGUGGUUGUGGACACAUCCUUACCUUUAGAAAGUUACAAUUGUAGUGAAAUUCUAAGUGUCAAACCUAUUGCAAUACCAGUAUCUGAGAGAGCUCAAAUUUUAGUUAAAGGCUUUAAUUUAUCAAGGUCUUCUAACAGGUUACUUUGUGCACUAGAAGGUAAUUAUCUGGUUCAGGAAGCUAAUAAUGAGUUGGAGGAGGAUUCUGACAGCCUCAAGGAGCAUGGUGAGCUCCAGUGUGUGAGCUUCUCUUGUAAUAUACCUGCAGUUACUGGAAGAGGAUUCAUCGAGAUUGAAGAUCAUGGUCUUGGCGGCAGCUUCUUUCCUUUCAUAGUUGCAGAGAGGGAUGUUUGCUCUGAGAUCCGUAUGCUUGAGAGUGAAAUAGAGGUAACUGAGGGUGAUGACAUCCCAGGAGUAGCUGGGAAGGUGGAAGCAAGGGAUCGAGCAAUGGAUUUUGUUCAUGAAAUGGGUUGGCUUCUUCAUAGAAAUGGCUUGAAGUCUAGAUUGGGCCACUUGGAUCCUAAUUCAGACCUGUUUCCUUUCAAACGGUUCAAGUGGCUCAUAGAGUUUUCCAUGGACCAUGAUUGGUGUGCUGUAGUCAAAAACCUUUUGGACAUUCUUCUUGAUGGCACUGUGGGGUCAGGAGAGCAACCUUUUCUGAAGUCUGCUCUAUUUGAGAUGGGCCUCCUUCACCGAGCCGUGCGGAGAAAUUCUAGGUCUCUGGUGGAGCUCCUAUUGAGAUAUGUCCCGGAGAAAAUUGCAGAUGAACUGAGAAUGGAACACAUCUUGCUGGUUGGUGGUGAUGAGAGCUUCUUGUUUAGACCUGAUGCUGUAGGACCAGCUGGAUUGACACCUCUUCAUGUUGCAGCUGGUAGAGAUGGUUCGGAGGAAGUUCUUGAUGCAUUAACCGAUGAUCAUGGAAAGGUGGGGGUUGAAGCAUGGAAGAAUGCUCGUGACAGCACAGGUUGCACACCCGAAGACUAUGCGCGAUUGCGAGGACACUACUCGUACAUUCACCUGGUGCAGAAAAAAAUGAAGAAGAAAGCAGUUUCUGAGCAUGUGGUGCUAGACAUUCCUGGUACAUUGUCAGAGUGGAAGGUGAAGCAGAAGCAAGAAGAGGGAACCACCAGUUUUGAGAUUGGAGGGAGUGGGGUGAGGCCCAUUCAGAGGGCAUGUAGGCUCUGUGAUCAGAAGGUAGUUAGACGAAAUGCGAGCAGAUCCCUGCUGUAUAGGCCUGCAAUGCUGUCAAUGGUGGCGAUAGCUGCUGUAUGUGUUUGUGUGGCACUUCUGUUUAAGAGCUCACCUGAGGUUCUCUACAUGUUCCGACCCUUCAGGUGGGAACUGUUGGGCUAUGGAUCCAGCUGA